UCCCCACCCCCACAUCAAGUCGCUCUUUUCUUCUCUCUUCGCACACAGCACACGACAGAAAAGAUAAGAAAGCUAUCUUGUUCUUCCAACCGCGUGAUCCACAUAACAACCUAUCCAAACCUUUUUAGCACCUAGAGAAUCCCAUCUGCUGCGUACCCUCUGCCUGCUUCUAAUCCAAAUGGUUGUUCCUCAUUCAACCCCAUACGUUUCCUCGGCCGCCCUUUGAACAUGAUUCCCAGGAGAUAACUGUUUCAGCCGUUUCGGAAUCGAACACAUCGAAUGGCCUCCUCCGAAACUGAAACCAGCUGCAGGAACUCAAUGCCAUGCUCUUGGUCGUCCAAUUCCUCGCCAUCGCCGUCUCCGAAGAAGAGAGGUUUGAUGGGAGGUGGGGGAAGCAGGCGCGGGACGGGAGCAAGCACCCGAUGUACCGCGGCGUGCGGAAGCGGGCAUGGGGAAAGUGGGGGUCGGAGAUCCGGAAGCCCCGUAAGAAGUCGUGCAUCUGGCUCGGAACCUUCCCGACGCCGGAGAUGGCUGCGCGGGCCCACGACGUGGCGGCGCUUAGCGUGAAGGGCACCUCCGCCGUCCUCAACUUCUCCGAACUCGCCGCCUCCCUCCCCCGCCCCGCCACCCUCUCCCCUCGCGACGUACAGGCCGCCGCCGCCGCUGCCCGUGCUGCCGCCAUGGACCUUCCCUCCGCCACCCACCCCACCCGUCCCGACGAGUCCUCCGACGACCAUUAGCCAUUGUAACUGAAUGAGCCAUUCUCUUCUUCUUCUUUGUUUCCCAUUCGCUUAGUGGGUUUGCUUACGAGACCAUUAGCCAUUGUAACUGAAUUAAUUGCACGGUGCUCUUUUUUAAAGGGCAAGAGAGGUGAGGAGAGAAGAAAAACAACG